GUGAGGGCGGCGCCCAUGCGGCCGCUUCUUUGCGUGCGCGGAGUAGUACCUUCGAUGUGGUCCAUUCUCAUCAGGGCGCCUGGCGUGCGCAUUCCGUACGGCGUGGCCCCUCUUCGUUCCUUAUCCGGCCAAGGCCCCGUGCCUUCGCGUCUUCUAGUUUUAGUUUGGUCGGCUUGGUUGCCAGAAGCAUCCUGGGGGCCUCUGUGUAGCCGACGUGGCUCUCAGUGCCGAGUUUCUGGCUCCCCUCCCUCCGCCCAGCUCUCCCCUGUUGCUCGCAGACCCAGAUGCCACCCGUUGUUGAACAUCGUGCAAAGCAUCGUGCGCUGGAUGAGGUUUAUGGACAAGAAGUUGUCAUUGAAAUUAAAUGGUGGCAGACAUGUCCAGGGAAUCCUACGGGGAUUUGAUCCCUUUAUGAACCUCGUGAUAGAUGAAUGUGUGGAGAUGGCAAAUAGUGGACAACAGAACAAUAUUGGAAUGGUGCUCUCUGCUUUGGCCUGGGAAAGCAGAAGAUGGGCCUUGGACCUUGGACCCCUGCACCCACAUGGGAGACCCGGAGGAAGUUCCUGGCUCCUGGCUUUGGAUCGGCGCAGCUCCAGCCAUUGCGGCCAACUAGGGAGUGAACCAGCGAAUGGAAGACCUCUCUCUGCCUCUCCUCUCUCUGUGUAACUCUGGCUUUCAAAUAAAUAAAUAAAUCUUUAAAAAGGGGGGGAGGGCUAAAAUGAGUCAACUUUUUAUCUCUUAAAGGUAAUUGUUAACCUCCAAACUGGAAAAUGUGCAUCUCUUAUUAAAGGGCUUCAUAUUGUGAUUUAAAAAUUAAUUUGGUGUCCCUAUGGCUUGAAAAAAGCCUCACAAAUUGACGUGAUACCAAAAAGCCAAUACUAUUGUAUAAAAGUUCUUCAAUCAUCCAUGUCUUUUUC